AUGGAGUCUUUAGAGGAACUUUAUUUAGACAGAAGUGCAAUGAGAGAGCUGCCGCUUGUUAUAAAAAACCUCAAACGUCUAAGCUUUGCUAAAUCAUCAAAUUCAAGGGAUGGCAUUGGGUGGGGCCUUGACUGUUUAUUUGGUAGCUCUGAUGACAAUGAACCAGGAAGUGAUAGCUCUGACGACGACGAUGAACCAAUCAGCAAAAGAUUCAAGAAAGUCUAA